AUGUGGACCACAUUGCACUUACCGCGUCGUCCAUCAGUUUUGAGUCAGAUGAUGCAGCGGCUCUCGUGUGGGCUUGACGCGACGGUUAGGCCUCGACGCUUUUUCGCUGCUUCCUCCCGAGUUGUCUUGCUUCCAAGUGCUUUGAAUUCCUCAAUUAAUGCUGUAAAUUUGCGUGUCUUGAGUGUCGCUCGUGCCGCUCCAAAGCUGGUGAAACCUGGACGCAUUGUACGCCGUCGAAAGCAGCUUUUAUUUUCCACGCUUCAAAAUGCACAUGAAGAUCCAGGUUUAAUAAAGAAGUCAAGCAAGAGAUCCAAAUUUUUUGUGCACGAGUGCAUAGUCCAGCAGGGAAUGCCAUUAGAGGACGUUUUGCCACUAAUCAAGAACGAAAUUCGCGCAAAGACGCUUCGGGCAACGAUGACACGUCAAGCAGUGGAUUCGUUCUAUUUCUAUUGCGCUCAAUAUGCAGCGGAAAGGAAAAUUUCGGACCGAUUCAGGCGUCAAGUGCUGCAGUACUUUGACAAUGAAAUUUUUGUGUAUAAUGACGAACAGGCUACAGAAUCUUUCAUUCUUGGAAAGACAUUGAAUGAAGCAGUGUUUUGUUCUGUAAUUAAGCUGCACUUAGCAGGUGGAGACUUAAAUGCAGCUUGGUUGCUUCUUGAAAAGCUAAGACAUGCUGUCCGAAGAAGCAGCGAGACGAUGAAGCUACACUUUCGAACAGUUAGUCCCUACCUCGAGCAUGAAUGCAAACACGGCGACUUUCUGAGUGCGUACGUAAGGUGGCAGCAGCUCAAGCAGCAUGACGUGGAAUGGACUAGUGCCAUGGAGGACGUACUGGUACAGAUUGUUGUCGCUUGCGUAAAUCACGAGCACCGAGUGAAUCAAUACAUUGAUGUACCCUCAAGCAAAGCUAGUGAGGUGCCUUUUCACGUGCAAAUGACGUCGUUGCUCCAUGAUUUGCAACUAACGUGUCGUGAAGUCUCUAUGCCGAAUGCUCAAUCUCUAGUGCGCGCUUUUCGCUCUGCUGGAUACAGUGUUGACACUGUACCGAGCGACCAUCGGAUGAGACCUCAAUGUCCGUCGUGUGGGCACGCUUUAAAAAAACAGGGAUUGACCAAGCAAGAAUGUGCACAAAUGCUGAUCGCGAUUGAGUCCCGCCAUAGUAAAUUUGCACCGGAGAAGACAAUUAAAGAAUUUCUUGAUCCAUUUCGAGAUUGGUUAAAGCGUCGCCAUGAAGCUUUUAAGCAGCAAUCAAUCGCAAGUGACGAGAAGAGCAAAAAGCUGCAUUAUGUGCUUGACGGGCCGAAUAUUGCGUACAUUAAUCAAAACUUUGAAGCUGGCACGUAUCGUUUAGAUCAAGUGGAUGCUGUAGCGAAGCAUUUACAGGCUGAGGGACACUUUGUGAGUAUAACGAUGCCUGCAAAUUAUCUCGCGGACAAAUUUCUGGUACGUGUUCGAAACAACCAGACGCGUCAUUCAGGCAAAUUUGCUUUUCGUGGACGGACCGACGAAGAGAAGGAUAUUUUAGCGCGCUGGAGACAGGAAGAUCUGAUCUACAGCUGUCGUACAGAUUUUCUAUCGGAUGAUCUCUUUUGGUUAUACGCAAGUGUAAUUCUAGCUGAUGAUGGCCGUGUAGUAACUAAUGAUCAAGGUCGUGAUCAUGUCUUUGCACUUUUAAAUGGCUUUGCUACGACUAAAGCCAAUGCUAGGACCCAAAAGAAUGGAAAAAAGAGUCUUGCCACAGUACAAGCAGAAAUCGAGCAGCCUGGUGUAAUUUCUUUCUCUAUGGACCUCAUUGCGCGCUGGAAGGAGAUGACGAUCGUGAAUGUCGAGAUCAAGCACAACGAACGUGCAGUGAAAGCUGCUAUCGCAGGUGACUGGAAGACACUACUGCCCAUUGAGUCCAUCAAAUUGCAUCAUCCACUUCCGUUCUCACGCGUUCCACAAGUGACAGCUCUUCGUCAUUUUCACUUUCCAAUUACAAUGCACGCUAAUCAGAAUGAGCAUCCAAAUCAAGUGCAGAGCCAGCGGAAAGGCACGCAAUGGCUUUGCGUUCAUCAACUGACCCAAUUUAGAUCCACACUUUUACAUCAAAAAUGA